GGGCGGAUGUGACGCCACACCCCGGAAGCGGAAGAGAAGGGCGGCCGAAGCUGGAGGAGAAAAGGGUGACUUCUCACGCCGGAUCGUCGGGACGGGUCUCUCGCGUGUCGGGCCAGUGGGGGAAAUUUAAGAGCAAUCUGCCAAGAUGGGGAAACAGUUUGGAAACCUGAUGAAAACAAGGCACGUUGUCAGCUACUAUCUGUCUCCGUUUGAACAGAAAAUUUUCCCCAACAUCCCACACAGGAUCUUAAACACCUGGAGACGAUUCAGUUCUUCGUUCUUCCGUGUGACGCCUCAAUUCGUCUUUGCAUACAUGCUUUAUGUCUGGGCAAACGACUACAAUAAAAAGUUGAAGAAGAAGAACCCGGCUGACUACGAAAAUGACGUGUAAAGAAGAUUCAUGGGGACAAAAUUUCUUUUCAACUGUUAUUCCUCUCGGUUCUGAAGAUACGACGCGUAGUUGUAAGAACACUUGGAUCCAAUAAACCUCUGUUGUGUUCCA